UGCUACCCAUGUUGUGUUUUAAUUAUAAUAAUAAUCGAUUUCACUUUGAAAAUGGAAAUUAAGGAAAAUAUCCAAUGGUUAUGUAAAUUAUUAAAUCUGAUUGGAUUUUCUCCAGUGGUACCCGAAACAUUCCGAAAAGCAAAAUUUAAUCAAGAUGACGUUAUAUUUCAACUAUGGAAGCUAUUAUAUGAAUUCACAUUUUGGUUACAAGAACAGAAACUUUCUUGUUGUAAAGAAUUAGGGAAUGAAACACUAUCUGACUUAAAACGAAAAAUGCUAUUACUGGGAUAUAAUUCUUCAGCAUUUUUAGAAUUGAAUUUAAUGACAAAAUUUUGCAGUCGAGAAUUGCUACUAGCAAUUGGAUGGAUAAUAGCAAGAUGUAAUUUAAUUGAUAUGUUGUCUGCAUCAUUUAUCAAAUUUUCUUUAAUUAAUUGUGAAGAUACAAGUUGCAUUAACAAGGUAAAUUAUUGA